AUGGACUACCUCGAUGACGAGGAAGCGCCCUUCUCUCCGUUCUUCCGAGAGUUGGAAGGGCUGCUCCAGGACUACGGCGAUUUCGAAGAAUGGGAGCCUCCUGUCGAGAAUCCGGACUCUGAGAUUUGGGUCCAAAUAGCCUCCCCUCCCAGACCCAGCCUUACCCUCCUGGAUCUCCCCGAAAACGUCCUGAUCAAGAUCCUUCAGUAUGCUGGACUAUUGAGGCAUUGCGUGGUCGACGUCAGUUUCGAAAAGUAUCGCACAAAACGAUCCAGCGCAGAAGACUGCAGUCAUAGCCCCAUGCGCCAAACUCGUGGUCUUUGGACCACUACUGUUGAAGGUCUCUGCAACCACCCAGGUCUGCCUUUAGGACUGCUUGGGGCAUCUCACAGCAUGCGUGACGCAUUGAGUUCUCUCUUUUUCAAACAUAACAGGUUUACUGCCUUUCUCCCCACGAAAGCGGAUUUCAAAACCUUUCGCGCGGCAACGGCGUGGGGUAUCGAGAGCCUGACAUCUCUGCAUUUGGACCUUGGGCCUAGAGAAAACCGCAAUUUGAAACUUGGCGGGGUGGGAGCGCACCGCACAGCAUUCUGGGUCUGGGUGGAGUUCUGUGAGCUCGCUCGCGAGAGAAUGACCGGGCUUCGGAAUUUCAGUAUGAGAUGUCGGGUCAAGGAGGUUGAUGUGGCCCGUCGGCUCAUUUGCCAAACAGAGCCUUUUCCAAAGCUCUCGCGCUGUGCCAUCCAUUUCAGCACCGUGCAGGACGACGAGAUCAGGCCCAUACUCAAGAGGGCUGUGUGGAGAUUGACCGGCAACCUGGAAGCGGCUCGGCCUGCGUUUCCAUUCCACCGUCUUCCUAAAGAGGUGCAGUACAUGAUCCUCGAAUAUGUCCUGAUUGAUCGCUCCGAUCCCUACAUCCCCGCGGCGGAGUGGUCAAGCGGAGUUAUCACCCUUCAAGAGCGCAAGCGCCCACGAAUCCCCGUUUAUCCUCUUACCUGCUGCGGGACCUGCUCGCCUAUGCAACAAACAAUGUGCUUCUGCCAUGCGCGUCAGACGUCAUACUCGUCAACUUGUAGCUGCUUCACCUCUCCUUUGCCCUACUUCCUUGCCAGCAGAGGCUUCUACCAUGACGCAAGUCGCAUCUUUUACUCCAAAAAUGUGUUCGCAUUUGUGGAGGAAGACCCAGAAUUCAUGAUGCGUUUCUUCCACACUAUCUCUGAUUCAACAUUCAGACUCAUUCGCCACCUGACAUUCAAAUUCCCGGCGCUGCAUCGCGGCCGGCUCAAAGGCGGACAUCGGCCCGAAGAAUCCUUGCUCGCUUCCUGGGGCGUUCUGCGUCGCUUUAUCCGCGAACAUUUCUCCAUUCCCUACCUCUCGAUCACUAUCAUUGAUCUCGGUACGAAGACUGGUGACCUUAGCAUAGUGCAGAGCCGCAAUCGCUAUUUGCGGAAGCUGGUCAAGGCCUUUGAAGAUGUUCGACCGUUGCGCGAUUUCCGCGUAUUUUUGGCCGACGAUAGUAUAUUCGAGAUGCAGGCUGAGUUUGCCGUGUUGGGGCCCCUUGCCCAUAGGCGCGAGAAGGCAAGCAGCUUGCCAUUCAUUGGCCGGAGACAUUAUCGGACUCAGGCGGCAUUUCGCUAG